GUUUCGUCGGCCGGAUUCUCUUUUACUUAGCGCCUAUCCUCCCUCAAAUACAUCAACCAGGGCGUCGAUAUUUUGGACCAGCUGUUGGGCUGUGGCGGAUAUUGACCUGAAGGAAUUAGAUCUGGCGUGAAGAUAUUGUGCUGGGCUCGGUGACGAUAGGCGCAAAGAGAUGUCAAGAUAUCAAUCAAACGAUACUCCAGUGCAAUCUCAUCAACCAGCAUUAUGCGAGAGGUGCCAUCGCAUGGUUAAUAUCCCUCUCAUUCGGCCUUUUCAUAUGAUUGAACCUCGAUUUCUUUAUUCGGAAUACAUACCUUCCGAGACCGAGACCUCUCGAUUGCGCGAGGUUGUCACAGACGGAGAGGAAGAGAUUAAGCGGUAUGAAGAAGAUAUGGCAGUCUUGCAACAAACACUGGACCAGUUGACGAGGGCAAAGAGUGCCGUCGAGAUCACGACCAGGAAAUGUCGAGCCGCUCUUUCUGUACAUCGGAGGGUACCUCAGGAGGUCUGGGAGAUAGUUUUCUCCACAUUAUGCUUGUCGCUUCACGAUUAUUCGUUCAACAUCGACUAUAAUUCUCCUUCUCCACUCCUAGGACUCCCUGCCACCAUUCUUUCCCAAGUUUGCUCCCGAUGGAAAGCCAUUGUCAAGGGCUCGCCUAGUCUUUGGUCCUCCCUUAAUGUCAAUAUCAGAGAAAUAUCUUAUAACAUCCUCCGUCCCCUCACGGCCUGUCUGGAAAAUUCAAGAGGAAUUCCUCUAAAACUACGAAUCGAAAGUGCCUUAAAAUGCGUUCAGCGGCAGCUUUGGAAUUACGAGGUAUGGAGGACGUUAUCCGAACACAUCUACAGAAGUAGAGAGCUUGUUUUAGCGAUUCGUUAUGACGAUUGUGCAGACGCACUAUCCCCUAUUCAGCACCUUACCUUUCCCACUCUCGAAUCCUUUUGCGAAGAGAUAGCUUCGCCCGCGGUACGUCUUUGGCCGUGGUUUUGGCAACCACUCCGGAAUGCAACGAAACUCGUCACGGUUUCCGGAGGUCGAUUCCUCGAAUCCAACAUGCCCUGGUCCCAGCUAACAACAUUGAACGUGAGCCUCGCGAAUGGGGUGAGGAUGUUCAUACGGGAGGUCAACUUGCCUUCCCUUCAGCGGCUCUCCGUCUGUGUCCGUUACCACAGCUGGUUAUCCGCUAUCCUGGAGUCCUUCAUCAUGCCAUCCCUCGAAACGUGCGAUAUACAACAUGGCAAAUGGCCUCUGCCUUCUAGCUUCCUCACCCUCGUUAUACGAUCCUCGAGCUCGCUCAAACAGAUUACAAUCACUGUAAGGCUCAAACGCAGCGGAUCGAAUCUCUCACAGGACCCUCUUGUGUUCAAUGUUCUACAAGCAGCUCCCCAGUUAACCUAUUUCAAAUUGUCUGUUGAAAGAGCGAAGGGUGCCAACAUUCAGCCCUAUCACUCAUUGUCUGAUGACUUGAUCUCGACUCUUCUUUCCGAACUCAAAGACAAUCUCGCUUUUCUUCCGAAACUAGGCUUCCUGUCCCUCGAGUUUUCGGAUAUCACACUAAAUGCACAAGUCGUGGUAGGCGUGCUGGAGGCAGUGUCGGCAAGACAGCUUACACCCCAUCCUUUAACGGAAUUGCGAAUCGUGCGUCUUUCGGGAACGCAAGUCAACGAGGUGUUCACCAUCGAGCCUGAAUUGCUCGAUAGAAUCAAAAUGCUUGAACAGAACCGCAUCAAGGUUGUUAUCGAGGACAGAUAA